GGGCCACACGACGUGGACACAGGCGCCCUGCCUGCGCCGCACAGAGUACACACCGUCUUCGUGAGUUUUAUGCUGCUGUUCCAGCUCUGGGACCUGUGCAGGGAAUCCGUGCUGUUACACUCGGGGUCUGGAGUGAUGGGAGCCACUUCCUGCUGAGUGGGUUCUAGAGUGCGUUACCAUGGUGAUGGCGGCCUUCUUCAGAGGCCGAUGGGGGCAGAAGGCACAGGAUCCCCCUGACAAGCGGGACUCGGGUGCCAAGCAGUUGUGCCAGGAAGAGGACGAUGGGGACGAGGACCCCGGUUCUGCGGAGGAGGGAUCCGGUAGAAGACUCAUGCCCAUUCGCAGAAACUCUAGGUUCUACAGUUCCAUGAGGAAGAAGAGGCUUUCCCAGGAGACCGUCUCUUCCGAGCAGCCAACUGAAAAUCUGGCUGGCUCAAUGAAACCGACUUCCGAUGUGGCCAAAAAAAGUCGGACCGGUAACCAAUCGAACCCCGGAAUGCUUGACGGCCACAGGACGGCACAACGUCCUACCUCAGCCUCUGAAUAUCCGACUGUGUUGCCGAGCAACCAGGAGCCCAGAAGCCCACGUGUGUUGGAGAGUGGAGCGGCGGCGGCAUCCCCCGCAGAGGCGGUGCUGAGAAGGGGGCUACGAGGGCCGGACCUGCCCCCCCGCAACGGACAGCGCACUGACUGUGCUGCGGGAUCGCACGUCUCCAGGAGUCCGCGGAGUGACGGCAUUAUGGAGAGUCUCGUGGCGCCGAUGGCUGACUGCUUGGUGCGGGAGCUGGGUGAUGGCACCUGUCCUGGUGGCCUGGAGCCUGGGGGGGCGGCGGACCUGGACACGGUAAAACUGAGACUGGUGAAAAAUGACAAGCCCCCGGACAAGUGGGACGGCCCCAGGUCUCCCAUCUGCCACAGCAUCAAGAUCAUCAAAAACAUCCCAUUCCUGUACCAGGAAUAUAGGGACACAUCAGAGCAGCAGGAGAUCGAGCAGCGGAGGCAGCUGGAUACCCUACAGCUGGGAGGCGGGGCAGGGGGCGGAGCUGUAUCUGUGGGUGUGGCCCCACCCACCUUGCAGCUUCAGCUGAGGAAUGAUUCGCAGUCCCUCAGCCUGUGGCAGAACCUGGACGUGGUCCGGCAGAGUGGCCUCCUAUCAACCCUGCCACAGAAAGAGAUCAUUAUGCAGGAGGCCAUGUUUGAGCUGGUGACCUCAGAGGCAUCAUAUUAUAAGAGCCUUGAGCUACUAGAGACCCACUUCCUUAAGAACCCGGUGCUGGUCAACACUCUCAGCCAAACGGACACGCAUUUCCUCUUCUCCAACAUCGAGGAGGUCAUGAAGGCCAGCGAGAGGUUUCUGAUGGACCUGGAAAACCGAGUGGAGCAGUCCAUCCAGAUCUCGGACGUGUGCGACAUCGUUUACGAGCACGCCGUGCAGCACUUCCACGUCUUCAUCAACUACGUGAUCAACCAGGGCUACCAGGAGAAACACUACCGACGGAUAUUACAGGGAAACGCACCUUUUCGGGAGACAAUGGCCAAGCUGGAGAACCAGCCCAAAGUCCGCGGCCUGUCCUUCACUUCCUUCCUCAUCCUCCCCUUUCAGAGGAUCACGCGACUCAAGCUGCUGGUUCAGAACAUCCUGAAAAAAGCCGAGGAGAAUUCAGAUAGAGAGGCCAACGCUGUCAAGGCCCAUGAAGAGUUGGAGAGGAUAGUGAAGGAGUGCAAUGAGGGCGUGAGGAAGAUGAGCAGGACGGAGGAGCUCAUCAGCAUCGAGAAGAUGCUGGAGUUCAAAUGCAAGUCGGUGCCAGUGAUCUCACACUCCCGCUGGCUGCUGAAGAAGGGCGAGCUCCAGCAGAUGAACGGACCCAAGAACACCAGGACCAUGCGCAGCCGCAAGCUGUACCAACCCCUCUACCUCUUCCUCUUCAACAAUUUGCUGCUCGUCACCAAGAAAAGCUCAAAUGGGGAAAAGUAUCAGGUUCUGGACUCCUGUACUCGGGCCAUGCUGAGGACGGAGGACAUGGAGGACCAGGGCCAGAUGCUGGCCAACGUCUUCACCCUCAACCUUCUGGAGAACCAGGAAGACCGCCAGGUCACCUACUUGCUCAAGACCUCCAGCGUGAGUGAAAAGCUGCGCUGGAUCUGCGCCCUCACUCCCAACCGGCGCACGCGUUUCCUCUCUACCAGCGCCCACCAACCAGACUCACCCCAAGUGCAGUGCAUACAGUCCUAUUCAUCACAAGAACCCGAUGAACUUUCCAUCGAGAUGGCUGACGUUCUCAACAUCCUGGAGAGGACUGACGACGGUUGGAUAUUGGGUGAGAGGCUUCACGAUGGUGAAAAGGGUUGGUUCCCCAUCCGGGUGGUGGAGGAGAUCAAGAACCAGGAGCUGCGGGCGCAGAACCUGCGUGAGUGCCAGAGGAUACAGCUGGCCAAGGGGGGCGCCGCUGGCCGUUCGCUGGCCGGUUCCCGGGCCAGGGGUCCGCAGAAAAUUGUCAGCCCCGAUUGGCUACGACCCCACCAAUCAAUACAGGACUAGAGAGUCGCUAUGAAACAUCCCUCCCACUUCCCUGUUAUUUUGUGUUAACCUGUUUGUUAACCCUUGAGGGCAUCUAGGGGUCAAAAACGCCGUGACCUUCCCUGAAAAGAACCACCUUUCUGCUGCUGACCAUUCCGUCUGCACACCUCAACGUUAGCAUUAGAAUACAUUACAUGCUUUCUUCAAUCCUUGGAGUGGAGUAGUCUUCUGGGACCAGCACUCAGAAUGCACCUCACCGUGAACCUUUCUGUGUGAGGAUGAGGAGGGAGGAUUGCAGAGGUGUUUUUCCUCUGGGUGAAGAGCCAACAGCAUGUCCAUCUUCCUGGAUUUACCGCUGCAUCACAACAUGCUGUAAUCUUUACAAACGAAGCUUGAAUUAAGCAAAUACGACAAUAUAGAGCCAUGAAAUCAGCUGACAGUGUUUCACUUGCUGUUAUUGUUGUUCGAUCUGUUUAAGAUAACUGAAUGAAGAAAGAAAAUAUUGCAAAAUCACUGCACAAGCAACAUGUACAAUAAUUCGGAGAUAUGGGGGGGGG